AAUCAUGCCAGCCUUCUUCAUCUUUUUGCAAUGCUUUCAACAUUAAUUUUUUUUAAUUUAUUUUUUAAAUUUUUUAAAUUAUUUUUUAAUUAUUUUAAAUGUAGUUUUAAGUGUAUAAUUAAUCGCAGUAAUUAGCAAUUUUUAAACUUUUAAAGCCUCUAAAAAUGAAAUUUUACUAUGUAACAAAUAUGUUUUACGGUGUAAUAAAUAUGUUUUACGGUGUAACAAAUGUGUUUUACGGUGUAACAAAUAUGUUUUCUGGGAUAUGUUAAGUUUGUGGUUAACUUUGAGUCUUCUUGCGUUAAAAUUACACAGAUUAGAAUCACAGCUGUUCAUUCCCUGCGCACUUUUGCUUAUUUGUCAAAUCAUGUCUGGAAUCUCAGCCUUCAGAAUUCUUAAACACAAUUCACACCCCCUCAAUCCUCUCUCCUCUUUUAACACAUUAUCCAAUGGAUUAACCAACACAUUAUCCAAUGGAUUAACCAACACAUUCAGCAAUUGUGUGGAUACAAAGUUAUAUCAGACUGAGGUAAAAUUUGCGGAUUUGAACCCUAAAAUCCCUAGGCAUUUUGAGGAUAAAAUAGCCAGAAGGUUGGAUACUGACAUGUCAAAUCCGGUGGGAAUUGUAUCAUAUCUCAUCAGGGACUUUUUUAACUCUCAUGACAUUUUAAAGAGAAAUUUCGAGUAUUUUCCAGUCCCUUUUGCGCCGGUGACGGUGAGUGAGAACUUCGACGAGCUUCAGGUCCCGCUCGACCACGUCUCCAGAGACCCCAAAGACUCUUACUACCUCAGCCAACACUACGUUAACACAUUUACAAAGUUGGGUAAAUUGUAUAAGGAGGUGAUUGACACUGGGAGAAACGGAGAUUACGACAGGGAUUUAAUACGCCUGAUGGGUAAAAAGUUUGGGCACUCGGAGCACAAACUACUGCCAACACACACAACAUCACACAUUACAAAGUUACUCCGGGCCGGAGUAACUCAAGCCAUUUACUCAGGUCAGGUGUUUCGGAGGGAUGAGAUUGACUCACAGCAUUACCCGGUGUUUCAUCAGAUGGACGGGUAUCUCCUGUUUACCAGACAAGAUAUUGAAAAUUUGAGGCGAUUUGACGAGUUUAAAUGUGAUAGCGUUACUGAAGUUAUCUUCAGACACCUGAAGAAAACUCUAGAGAAUCUCAUAACACACCUGUUCCAAUUUGUUACCAAUACUAAUGGUUCUAACUUGAAUGAUUUUGGGGAAAUGGUAAAGUUUGGAGACAUGAUUAAAUAUUGGGAUGACGGUGCUACGUUCCCGUUUACGUUUCCGUCCUCUGAGUAUUAUCUCAAGAACGGUGAGCAACCCACUGAACUCCUAGGCUGCGGCGUUCUCAAAAAUAUUAUCAUACACAAUAAUUUUAAUCUUAAAUCGGUAGGAGAAAAGGAUUUCAGUGAUAAAUCGGUAGGUGAGGGAUUAGUGGUUGACAAAUCGGUUGGAGAAGGAUUAGUGUGUGACAAAUCGGUAGGAGAAGAAUUAGUGGAUGACAAAUCGGUUGGUGAGGGAUUAGUGGGUGGUUGGGCGUUUGGAAUUGGAUUGGAGCGUUUGGCGAUGGUCCUGUGUCGGAUCCCUGACAUUCGUCAGUUUUGGGAAACUGACGAACGAUUUCUAAAACAAUAUAAACACAGUUUUACCCAUAAGAUUCUACCGGUUUUUGUAAAGUAUAGUAAGAACCCGCCAGUGGUUCGGGAUUUAUCCUUUUACAUCGCAGACACUUUUAAUGAGCAAGUGUUCAGGGAAAUCAUACUGGAAAAGGGUAAAGGAUACGUUGAGGACAUACAAUUUGUGUCCAAAUACUUUAACGAGAAGAUUAGUAAGGAAAGUUUAUGCUACAGAGUUGUCUAUAGAGCAUUUGAAGAGAAUUUAACAAACUCGUUCGUCAACGCAAUACACCAAGAAACCCUCAAAUCACUAGAAAACAAACUCAAUCUAAUCAUACGCUAAUAUUACUAUUACACA